ACUGAGAGUAGGAGUUAGAACUUAGAAGUGGGGUUAUAAUCAAACAAACCUGAUUUUUCUGCCGAGCAGAGUUCAGAAGAAAUCCGCGCCGCCGCCGCCUCCAUCUUCAUCAUUUCUGCCGAAAUGGCUUCCUCUUCCUUGCUAAACCCAGCCAUUUCUUUCCACUCUCGCAGGCCCAAGCUCGACGCUAAUCCGAAAUUUCUUCAUCCCACUCUCCGAACUCGCCGGCUCCGAACCCCGGUUACUCGGGCAUCCUCCACCUCCGAUUCGUCCUCCUCUUCCCCGACCAACGGCUCUCCCCCAUUGUCGGCCAUCAAGAACCGCCGCUCCGCCGACGAGAAUAUCAAAGACGAAGCCCGCCGCCACCGUGCGGCCUGCGGAGAAGAUCGCUGCAAUUUCUCGGCCAAGUAUGUGCCCUUCAACUCCGGCGCCGACUCGGCUGAGUGGUACUCGCUCGACGAGAUCGUUUACCGGAGCCGAUCUGGCGGUUUGCUCGACGUUCAGCACGAUAUGGAGGCUUUGAAGAAAUUCGACGGCGCUUACUGGCGCAACCUCUUCGAUUCGCGCGUGGGGAAAACCACAUGGCCUUACGGGUCCGGCGUGUGGAGCAAGAAGGAGUGGGUGUUGCCAGAGAUCGAUCCCGACGACAUCGUCAGCGCCUUCGAAGGUAACUCGAACCUAUUCUGGGCUGAGCGUUUCGGCAAACAGUUUCUGGGCAUGAAUGACUUGUGGGUAAAACACUGUGGAAUUAGCCACACUGGGAGUUUCAAGGAUUUGGGCAUGACUGUUUUGGUCAGCCAAGUGAACCGGCUGCGAAAAUUGAAACGUCCCGUCUUCGGAGUCGGCUGUGCAUCGACCGGGGACACCUCUGCCGCACUCUCAGCCUACUGUGCAUCUGCAGGGAUUCCUUCAAUCGUCUUCCUCCCAGCAAACAAGAUCUCUAUAGCACAGUUGGUCCAGCCCAUUGCAAAUGGAGCCUUUGUGUUGAGCAUAGACACUGAUUUCGAUGGCUGCAUGAAGUUAAUUAGAGAAGUCACUGCAGAAUUGCCCAUUUACUUGGCUAAUUCCUUGAACAGUUUGAGGCUGGAGGGGCAAAAAACAGCUGCCAUUGAAAUUCUUCAGCAGUUUGAUUGGGAAGUACCUGAAUGGGUAAUUGUUCCUGGAGGCAAUCUUGGGAACAUAUAUGCAUUUUACAAAGGGUUCAAGAUGUGUCAAGAGCUUGGCCUUGUUGAUAGGCUUCCUAGGCUUGUUUGUGCCCAAGCAGCCAACGCAAACCCUCUCUAUUUACAUUACAAAACAGGGUGGAAAGAUUUCAAGCCUGUGAAAGCAAGUUCGACUUUUGCAUCUGCCAUUCAGAUUGGAGAUCCUGUUUCUAUCGAUAGAGCUGUUUAUGCUCUACAGAAUUCGAAUGGCAUUGUCGAGGAAGCGACCGAGGAGGAACUCAUGGAUGCAAUGGCACAGGCUGACUCCACUGGGAUGUUCAUUUGCCCUCACACAGGGGUUGCAUUAACCGCUUUGAUCAAGCUAAGGAACAGAGGGGUGAUCGGCCCGACUGAUCGAACCGUGGUGGUGAGCACUGCCCAUGGCCUGAAGUUUACUCAGUCCAAAAUUGAUUAUCACUCCAAGGCAAUCCCAGACAUGUCCUGCCAAUUUGCUAAUCCACCUGUUCAAGUGAAGGCUGAUUAUGGAGCUGUCAUGGAUGUACUUAAAGAUUAUUUACUAAAUAAGGCUCCAAAGUCUAAAGUGUAAUAACUGUAGAUUAUCGCUUGCUAUCAUCAGUGAGGUCUUUAAGUUUUGUUUGAGCUUCUUUCCCCUUUAAUAAAAUUUGGGAUCUAUUGCCCUCGAUUCCAAA